AUGACCCGGGCAACGAAGCAGCUGAAAAAGGCGGCGCGAAUCAUCCUCAUUGGAGCCCCUGGCGUGGGGAAGGGCACCCAGACUGAACGGUUGAUCAAGAGGUACCCCCAGCUCGCAUCCAUCAGUUCCGGGGACCUCCUGCGACAAAAUGUCCGUAGAAAGACUCCUCUAGGUCUCAAGGCGGAGUCUACCAUUCUAGCGGGAGAUCUUGUGCCGGAUAACAUCAUCUUGGAGCUGAUUUCCUCCGAACUCUCGUCCAAGGGUUGGCUCUCCGCCCUUCCUACCACUUCCACUGCUUCCCCCGCCGCUACUCCCCUUGCUGCUGCUGCUACUUCUCCUGCUCCUCCUACUACCACCCCCGCCACUCCCAUCCUCAACCCCAGCGCCUCCUUCAUCCUCGACGGCUUCCCCCGCACAGCAACCCAGGCUACAAGCCUCGACCGCCUAAUCCCCAUAAACCUAGUCGUCCACCUCCUCACCCCGCCCGCCGUCAUCAUUUCCCGCAUAGCAUCGCGCUGGGUGCACGCUCCAUCCGGCAGAGUCUACAAUACCGACUUCAACGCACCUAAAGUCGCGGGCAAGGAUGACAUCACCGGUGAGCCCCUGGUGCAGAGGGAGGAUGACUCCGUGGAGACGUGGAGGCAGCGGCUGCGGAAGUUUGAGGAGACGAGUCGGUCGCUUUUAGAGCAUUAUGAGAAGAGGGGGUGUUUGUGGAGGGUCGAGGGGGAUUCGAGUGAUGAGAUCAGUCCGAAGCUCUUUGAGGAGAUUGAGAGGAGGUUUGCGUAG